UUCUCGACAUUACGAGCCAUUGGAGAAGAAGAAGGAGAUGGAGAACGGAAUAAACAAGAUGGGACGAAAGAGAACAAUGACGAUGGACUGGGCAGGGUUAGGAGAUUUCGAAGAAGACGAAGACGACAGGUUCUUCGAAACGCACGACCGUCUCUCCUCCGCUCUCACGUUCGACAUGGCUGGCUCCUCCUCCGACGAGGAAGAUGAGGGGGAUUUCGACGACUGCCGCCACUCCUUCUCCUCCGCCGUCUCCUCCAUGACCUCCGCCUCUAGAAAGUUCCGCACGCCGGCGGCGAUGUCUCCCGAUUACGAUAUCUGGAUGGCGGCUCCGGGAUCCAUCUCCGAGCGCCGCCGCCGUCUCCUCCACGGCAUGGGACUCGCCAGCAACAAGGACAUGGUCAACGCUCUGUCCAUCCGCCGCGUCGUCUCCAACGCAGCCGUUCUUGAUAAUAAUCAUAACACCAAGAACGGUGGAAUCGAGGGUAAAGAUGAAACAGAGGAUAACGACAAUGCUCUGUUCGCGCGGUCGAGAUCGGAGUCGGAUAUCGAGAGGUUCUUGAUAGAGAAGCGGAGGAAAGACGAGAUCGUCGGGAAGAUCUCGAAGCAGCGUUUGACGAGGACGUACUCGACGAUGGGAGUUAGUUCUCGGACGAGAAUCUGCCAGCAGACACCGAUCAGACAGUCCCCUGCUUUGACAUCGGUGAUGUCGUCGUCGAACGCGAGGCUCGGCGCGUAUUUCUUGAUCAAGAACCUCGACACGGGUAAGGAGUUUAUAGUGAACGAGUACGACGAAGACGGGAUGUGGAAUCGGCUGAGCGAUUUGCAGACGGGGAAGCAGCUGACGUUGGAGGAGUUUGAGAAAUGCGUUGGGUACUCGCCCGUGGUGAAGGAGCUCAUGCGUAGAGAGAACGUGAACAGGAUCAACUACGAACCUUUUGUGGAUCUAAGGAAGUUUAAUUCGUAUUUGUCGAAGAGCGUGAGGCUGAGUAAGAGGAGGGGAGCUGCUUUGUUGAAGAACAUUAAAGGUGUAGCUCACUCGAUGAGUUUAAGAGGUGUAGAUAAAGAUGGUAACGAUGGAGGGACUAGUGAUAGUCCUAGAAAGGGGAAAGAUAAUAAUAAACAUGGGAAAGCUAACGAGUGGGUGAAAGUGAGACCAACGGGGAAGUCUUACAAGGAGCUAAGCGCGUUGCAUAUGUGUCAAGAGAUUCAAGCUCACGAGGGUUCGAUUUGGACUAUCAAGUUUAGUCCUGACGCUCAUUAUCUCGCGAGUGGUGGGAAUGAUCAAGUCAUUCAUGUGUGGGAGGUGCAAGAAUGUGAGCUGAUGUCUAUGAACGAAGGGAGUCUCACACCGAUUCAUCCCUCGCUUUGCGACUCUGCUGGGAAUGAGAUGGUUUCGGUAGAGAAGAAGAAGAAGAAAGGGAAAGGCUCGUCAGGGAGGAAGAACAGCAAUCAGAUUCCUGAUUAUGUUCAUGUUCCUGAAACGGUGUUUUCGUUUUCCGAGACGCCUGUUUGCUCUCUGAAAGGUCAUUUAGCUGAUAUAUUGGAUCUGUCAUGGUCCAAAUCUCAGCUUCUUCUUUCGUCGUCUAUGGACAAAACAGUCAGGUUAUGGGAUCUUGAAACCAGAACAUGUCUCAAAUUGUUUGCCCACAAUGACUAUGUGACAUGCAUUCAGUUUAACCCAGUGGAUGAAAACUAUUUCAUAAGUGGGUCGCUUGAUGCUAAGAUAAGGAUAUGGAGCAUACAGAAUCGUCAGGUUGUUGAUUGGAGUGAUCUUCAUGAAAUGGUCACAGCUGCUUGCUACACUCCAGACGGUCAGGGUGCAUUCAUCGGGUCGAAUAAAGGAAUCUGCCGUGCUUACGAUACAGAAGACUGUAAGCUGAAUCAAACUAAUCAGAUUGAUCUUCAGGCUCAUAAGAAAAAACAAGCAAAAAACAAGAUCACUAGUUUUCAGUUUUCUCCGGUGAAUCCAUCAGAAGUUCUUGUCACAUCCGCUGACUCGCGUAUUAGAAUCCUAGACGGUUCCGAAGUUAUUCACAAAUUCAAAGGUUUUAGAAAUACAAGCAGCCAAAUCUCGGCUUCGUAUAGCCAAGACGGAAAAUACAUAAUCUGCGCUAGUGAAGAUUCUCAGGUUUACAUGUGGAAACGAGACAGUCACCGAACAUCUUCCGAAACAGGCAGAAGAUCUUCAAACACGACACAAUCACACGAACAUUUCGAAUGCAAAAACGUCUCAGCAGCUGUCCCAUGGCACGGUCACGUUAGAGGCGAGCCACCACCUGUUCAGAUGCACUCCAGACGCCACUCUAAGCGCAUAUCCACUUCGAGUCAGCCUUCAUCCGCCGUAAGCUCACCGACAAGAGAAGAAACCUCCGCCACGGCUGCACCAAACCGGAACAAGAAACCGGGAUUACCUCCCAUCCCUAAGAGAAUCAUUCCGCAGCAACAACCGGAGGAAGAGGUUGGAGGCGAGGUAGGAAGCAGCGAGUCAUUUGGGUCGAGCAUGAAUGGUUCGGAGCAGCAGUCUUCGAGGUUUGGGGAGUCUCCGUCUAUAAACACCUCGUCAAGAUUGUCUUCUUGGUCGUGGUUUGAUAGUGGAGGCCACGGUCCACAAACUAUACGGCCGACUGCUUGGGGGAUGGUGAUUGUGACAGCUACAGUUAAUGGUGAAAUCCGGUCUUAUCAGAAUUUUGGGUUGCCGAGAAGAGUCGGUCGCCAAACCACUCUGUUUUAAUGUAAAAUUAAGAAACGACUUGUAUUUAUAUUUUCUUGAGAUUUUUUGUUGUUGUUUGUAGAAUACGUAAAGAAAUACUUACCGAAACAACGGUCAUUUAGUGUUUGAGAUCUUUCUCGAUAUUUAAAAUAUUGAGAGCUUUUCGUA